UGAUGCGAUUUUUGUUUAUUGAGGUUUUCCUGGGUCCUGUGCCCCCGGCCAUGGCGUCUGAUUUGUCGGAGAGACCCAAAAAAAAAAAAGGAGAAAAAAAACUCUGCAUUUCUCGAUGAUAGCACCAGCUAAAGCACAUUCGCUGGAGUACAUAUGCACGCCUAAAGCUCCGUGAUUAUCAUCUCGUCCUCGCAUCGUCGGAGUUGUCAUUAGUCUAGUCGUCUCCCUCGUCUCCGGUGAGCUAGCUGGUGGUGUGGUGGUUGGUUCUUGGGAGCAAUGGGGGCGUGCGCGACGAAGCCCGGUGACCUCAAGGUGAAGGGCGGCGAGGCGCCGCUCGUCAAGGAGGACGCCGCCGUGGCGCCGUCGCCGCCGGCCGCUGAGGAGAAGGAGAAGAACGUCGACGAGGCUCCGGCGGCGGCGGCGGCGGCGGUGGUGGUGGCAGCCGUGGAGGGCGAGCCGGCUGAAGCCGGUCGCCGGAGGUCUCUCAGCGACUUGCUCAAGGAGGAUGCAGAGAGCGAGGGAUCAGAGGCGGCUCCAGCUCCAAGUGCAGAGGCAACCAAGGCCGUGGAAACUGAAUCUCCGGCUGCCGCUGCUGAAUCUGGAAUAGCAGCAGCAGCAGCAGAAGAGGAGAAAGCCGAGGUGGUUGAGCCCUCGCCUGCGACGUCCGAGCAAGUCGCAGCCGGAGAAGAAGAAGAAGAAAAGGAAACAGCAGCAGCAGCAGCAGAAGAGGAGCAAGUCAUGGCGGUUGAGACCUCGCCUGCGGCGCCCGAGCAAGGCGCAGCCGUCGGAGAAGAAGAAGAAGAAGAAGAAGAAGAAGAGGAAACAGCUGCAGCAGCAGAAGCAGAAGAGGAGCAAGUCACUGUGGUUGAGCCCUCGCCUGUGUCGCCCGAGCAACACGCAGCGGGAGAAGAAGCAGAGGAAACAGCAGCAGCAGUGGAGCAAAUCACUGCGGUUGAUCCCUCGCCUGUGGCGUCCGAGCAAGAGACAACCGGAGAAGAAGCUGAAGCAGCAGCAGCGGAACCAGAAGCUGCCCAAGAAGGCGGCGGCGGCGGCGCGCAGGAGGUAGCGGAAGAGGAGAAGCGCGUGGAUCCUGACUCGGUUCAGGUUGCCGCCGCGGCAUCAUCAACACCAUCACCACCAUCAUCAGCUGAUGAUGAUGAGGAGGAGAAGAGCAAGGAAGAAGCUGCUGCUGAUGUUUCAGCUCCGGCGGCGCCUGAUGAAAACUGACGCCUCUGCGCUUCUGCUUCCGCGAGUUCAGCGUUUUCUGAACUCUGAACUCUGAAGACAUUUGUUUUGUUUCCUUUUUCUUGUUUCUGAGAGAUACUACUACCUGGAUGCACAUUUGGAUUGUCUGAGAUUGUUUCAAAUAUGUCGUGCUUGCUUGCACAAAUCUUUGAGAGUUUUGGUACUCUUCCCUUUUUUUUGUGUUUUGUGUUCUAGGUGAGUGUAUCAAUCUGUAUUCAGUUUAUUGAACAUUUUAGUAUACUGUUUGUGAUUUGGAGCGUGUGAAACUACACAGUAGGAGCACUUUGCAAGAAUCUGUGGAGAACAGCUCGUUCUUA